GAAACCCGAAAAUUGUGUAACUCCACUUUUUCAUGAAAAUGACAUUUUGAUGCUAUCUUGUGGCAAUAAAUAGUACCUUUCACUUCAGAAAGUAGUGUAAAUCCAUAUAAUUCAUAGAGUGGUCAAAUUAGAAAAAAGAAAACUGUGUAUCUCCAACAGCUGGUUUCUGCAAGGAAAGUUGUGUACCUCCAUUUUCAUUAGAGAAGAGAAAACUGUGUAUCUCCCAACAGCUGAUUUUUACAAGGUAAGUUGUGUAUCUCCAUUUUGAUUCCGCCACAUUGCUGUAUUGUGCCUACUGUCUACUAGUAGAAUCUAGAAUAUUAUUAUCCCAAUAUUUGAGAGGCAGAUAUUUGUUUUGUUGUGAAUUUUAAUCAUCUUUAAAGGCUCUAUAUAAAAUAAUCAAACCAUGAAAAGGAGAGAAAGGAUGAAGUCUCGGGGUGAGCUGAUUGUGAAUUUGGCAAUUGCUCAAAAAAGGAAUGACUUGAUGAAGGAUCGUAAUCUCUGUAAAAAUGAUGCAACACCAGAUGAAGAUGAUUUGAAUGUGCUUCACUCACUCAUGGACUCUAAUGAUGGUAGGCCUACAUUACAUUUUAGUGUCACCAGUGAUGGAGUGUUACAAUCUUGUGAUUCAGAGGAUCAAUGUGUCAAUGAACCUUGCAAUGAACUUAUUAUUUUAGAGGAGACAGUUUUAACAGAAAAUUUGCCACUUGACAAUGAUAAUUGUGAUUCAAAACCAGGAGAUUCUAAUGUAAAUGAUCAAACAUGCUAUGAUACAAAUUUAAGGGAAAGUGAUGGGGUGUUACAAGUUUGUGAUCCAGAAGAUCAAUGUGUCAAUGAACCUUGCAAUGAAUUUAUUAUUUUAGAGAAGACAGUUUUAACAGAAAAUUUGCCACAUAACAAUGACAACUCUGAUUCAAAACCAGGAGAAUCUGAUGUUAAUGAUCAAUCAUGCUAUGAUACAAGUUCAAGGGAAAGUGAUCACGAAUAUUAUGAAGAAAACUUGGAUGAUCCUGUUGAUGAAAGAGAUGAAGAGAAUUUCAUCGAGAGUGAUCAAAAUGUGGAUCAAAGAACAGAAAGUCCUCAGAGUGUAGAAGAUACUCCAAUUGAUGGAAAUUCAAACAAGAAAAAUCGGAAAAGGAAAAUACAUGUAAAACGUGAUCCUACCUAUUCGAAAAAUAAAAGAAGCAGAGAAAUAGGUCAGGUGUAUGAAAGUAAAAAGAAGAUUGAUGGAAAGUGGGAUUAUAAAGUGAUCAAACCAAAAAAAUUCCUAAAAACACCAUGUCAAUGCAAAUUGGGGAAAUCUAAAAGCAAGUUGCAAUGCGGCUUGGUUCCAGAUGAGUUCAGAAAACAAUUAUUUCAGAAAUUUUGGCAGCUGUCUUGGCUUGAAAAAAAACAGUUUGUGAAAGGUAGCACAGUGUUGGCAGCAGUAAAACGGAGGAGAGGCAAUGAAGAAAGAUCUAGGCGAAAUUUUUCCUUGCAAUAUUUCUUAAAAUACAAAAUGGACUCCUUCAGAGUAUGUAAAAAAAUGUUUAUAGGGACUUUAUGUCUAGCUGAGAAUACAUUUCUGAAUUGGGUGAAGUCUGAUGUGGUUGCUGACAGUGACAGUGACUUUGGCGAGAAUGGAAGACCUGAACAAGAAACAAGAAGUGAGCAUAAAAAAGUAAAACUAAGUGAAAAUGCUAAAAUAUUCUUCAAUUCAUUGGCUAAAGUUGAAUCUCAUUAUUGUCGGGCAUCAUCGUCUAAGCUCUACUUGGAGCCUAAUUGGCAGUCAAAAAGAGAAUUGUACAGAUUUUAUGAAAGUGAGUGGUGUGUAAAGGAAAAGCAUCAACCAGUAAGUAUAACUACGUUUAAAAAUGUGUUUGAAGAGUUGAACUUGUCUCUGUUCAAACCAAAAAAAGAUAUAUGCGAUGUGUGUGAAGGAUAUAAAACUAAGAAUAUAACUGCAGAGAAGUACAUGGAACAUCAGAAAAAUAAGGAAGAAGCAAGGAAUGAGAAGGAGAAAGAUAAAACAGCCAGUGAAGAUGUGGUUUUUACUAUGGAUCUACAGUCAGUGCUUCUUUCACCAAAAUCGAAUGUUUGCUCCAUGUACUAUAAAACUAAAUUAGUUGUACAUAAUUUUACAAUUUAUAAUUUGAAGACUCACGAAGGUUACUGUUUCUUAUGGAAUGAGACCGAUGGUGCCGUUUCAGCAAAUGAAUUCUCUUCAAUUAUUGUCAAUUUCAUCGAAAAUGAUGUUUUACCCAAAAUGACAGAUAAAUCUGUUAAUAUAAUUAUGUGGAGUGAUGGGUGCUCAGCCCAAAAUCGAAAUGUAUGUCUUGCUAAUGCCCUUCUAAACACUUCAAUGAAGUACAAAAUCUCCAUUAUUCAAAAAUAUCUGCAAAAAGGUCAUACCCAGAUGGAGGCAGACUCAAUGCAUUCAGCGAUCGAAAGGCAAUUGAGAAACAGAAUAAUCAAUGUCCCUGCAGAUUAUGUAGAGCACUGCAAAAAUGCAAGAAAGAAAAAUCCUUACCAGGUCAGAUACUUGAAUUUCGAUUUCUUCAAGAAUUUUCAAUCAAUCAAAUUUUACACUUCGCUCAGACCAGGCUACAAAGUAGGUGACCCUGUUGUUACUGACUUGAAACAAAUACACUACACACCAGAAGGGAUUAUUUUCUAUAAGCUCCAGCAUACUUCGGAAGAAUGGCUCACAUUGAGCAGAAGAAAACGUGCAUCGCUGCAAACAAUUGCUCAUGAUAGCAUUGAUAAUUUGUACAAGGAGAAGAGGAAAAUAAAAAAAGAGAAGUAUUUUCAUUUACAAGAUCUCAAAAAAACAUUAGAGAUGGACUUUCAUCCAUUUUAUGAGAGCCUACCUUUUGAGGACAAUAAUUAAAUUUAGAUGUCAUGUUUCUUGAUAGCAUAUAUCAAAAAUUAUAUAUGUAUGUAUUAUAUAUGUAAUAAUAAUGCAAAAUGAAGAGAAUAAAUUAUGUGCUUGAAUUUCUUUUAACAAGAUGGUAUCUUAAUCAGCCCAACGAAAAUUGUGUAUCUCCACAAUUGCCUACCACUUUCAAGACGAAACUUGUGUAACUCCAGAAUAUUUUGAUGGAAUUAUUUUCAUGCUAAUUUCCACUACUAAACAGUUUUCUGGAGCCCUUUU